AUGGAGGAAGAGAAGGCGAAGGAGAGCUCGAGGCCAAUAGAGGUUGCAAAGGAGGAGGAGAGGGACAGGCCAGUUCGAGUAUAUGCAGACGGCAUCUAUGAUCUCUUCCACUUUGGCCAUGCCCGUUCUCUCGAGCAAGCCAAAAAGCUGUUUCCAAAUACGUAUUUGCUGGUUGGAUGCUGCAAUGAUGAAGUCACUCACAAAUAUAAGGGUAAAACUGUGAUGACCGAUGAAGAACGCUAUGAGUCUCUUCGCCAUUGCAGGUGGGUUGACGAAGUUAUCCCUGAUGCGCCAUGGGUUACCACACAAGAGUUUCUUGACCAACAUAGGAUUGAUUAUGUGGCUCACGACUCUCUACCUUAUGCCGAUGCAAGUGGGGCCGGAAAGGAUGUCUAUGAAUUUGUCAAGUCCGUUGGGAGAUUUAAGGAAACAAAACGGACUGAAGGGAUAUCCACAUCAGAUAUUUUAAUGAAGAUUGUUAAAGAUUAUAACGAGUAUGUCAUGCGUAAUUUGGCUCGUGGAUAUACAAGAAAAGAUUUGGGUGUCAGCUAUGUGAAGGAAAAGCGGCUGAGAGUUAACAUGGGGCUUAAAAAAUUGCAUGAGAAAGUGAAGAAACAGCAAGAGAUAGUAGGGGAAAAGAUACAAGUAGUUGCUAAAACUGCCCGUGUGCAUCGGAAUGAGUGGGUGGAGAAUGCUGAUAGAUUAGUUGCUGGGUUUCUUGAAAUGUUUGAAGAACGUUGUCAUAAAAUGGGAACGGCCAUUAGAGAGCAAAUUCAAGAGAAACUGACGAAGCAGCCGUUAAUAGGGCUUAUAUAUGAUAGAUACGAUGGUGAUAGUGAUGAGUACUGCAACGACGAUGACACAGAAGAAGAAUACAGUGACUAG